AUUAUCAUUCCCGCAUGCACCCUCAUCAUCAUCUUAGCCAGCGUCUGGAUAGUGAAACAACGAUACCAGGCCGCAAGACGGUUGCCUUUACCCCCUGGACCACCUGGACGUUGGCUAUUAGGAAAUGCGAUGCCAAAGUCAUAUGCGCCGUUUCAAUUCGCGAGAUGGACAGAGCAAUACGGACCUGUGUUCUCGCUCAAGCAAGGCCAUAGGAUUUUCGUAGUUAUAGGACGUCAUCAGGCUGCAGUGGAUAUCAUGGAAAAAGAGGGAGCAAAUGUUGCUGACCGCCCACGUUCUAUUGCAGUGCACGAGACGUUGUCUGGCGGGUUCAGAGUUGUCCUUGAAGGCAGUACUGAGAGAUUGCGCCGCAUGCGCAGGGUCUUGCAUGCAAACUUGCAACCUAAGGUUGCGGAGACCUACGAGCCCAUGCAGACCAGGCAUGCGAAGAAUGUGGUUCUAGAUAUCUUAAAUGAUCCAAAGAAUCACCAGAAACAUGCCAUGCGUUAUUCAGCUUCCGUGAUCAUGUCCUUCACCUAUGGAAAAAUCACUCCGACUUCAUAUACAGAUCCUGAAGUCGUUUCCAUCACCAGGCUUACUGCGCGUUUUGGUCAAGCUAUGAAGCCGGGAGCGUAUCUUGUGGAUGCGUAUCCCAUCUUGCGUUUCGUCCCAGGCUACUUGAGUCAGCUGAAGGCAUGGCACAAAGAAGAACUUGCUUUCUAUGUCGGGCAGUUAGACGCGGUGCGAAGACAGAUGCGUGAGGGGACUGCAAAGCCAUCCUUUGCGAGGUUCAUGAUAGAGCACCAGAAACAGUACGAGCUCGGAGAUAAGGAAGUGGCAUUCCUCGCAGGAGCGAUAUUUGGGGCCGGUGCUGAUACGACUGCGUCCGCGAUCACAUUCAUGAUGAUGGCUGCUGCCACACAUACAGAUGCGCAGGCUCGCGUACAAGAGGAACUCGAUAACGUCGUGGGGCGUACGCGGCUGCCGACGUUUGCUGAUCAGGAAAUGCUGCCGCAGGUCACCGCGUUCAUGCUCGAGAGUCUGAGGUGGAGACCUGUCACUCUCGGAGGCUUUGCGCAUCGCGCAAUUAAGGACAUGAUUUGGAAUAACUACCUGAUUCCUGCAGGUGCGACUGUUAUUGGCAACCAUUGGGCUAUCGCCAACGAUCCUGAAGUCUUUCCAGAACCACAGACGUUUAAUCCUCAGCGUUGGAUCGACGAUGCAGGUCGUGUGCGCGGUGAUCUCCGGUUUUUCCCUUUUGGCUUUGGCCGUCGAGUGUGUCCCGGUCAACAUGUCGCGAAUCGGUCGGUCUUCAUCAACACGGCCCUUAUUCUGUGGGCUUUCCGCCUUUCGGAGAAUCCUGCGGCGAAGAUCGACACGCUUGCAUUCUCGGACACUGCAAAUGUACAUGCUGCUCCGUUUGAGAUAUAUUUUGCGAAGAGGAUCGAUGAGAACGUGAUCAGGGAACUAUGCGCACCGAGCAAAUAAGAGGCUUUUAUUCUAGAAACUUGAAUCUUCGUGCAGAGGAGUUUGUCUUGCGUUUUCGUUGUCUGCCCGACUCAAACUCAUAGUCACACCUAACUUUGUAUAUCUUCAAACAGGCACCAUUGUAAUCAUGCAUCAGCGGGUUAGAUCGUGCUACAGAGUGCUACGGAGCGCUUCGUAGCACUCUGUAAUCAUGUGUAAUGAAUUACGUUUCCCUGAUGUG